AUGUCCGACGUCACCACACCCCGCUGCACUCCAUGCUGUCAGCACCGACCCCGUCCGACAUCACCACAGCCUGCAGCACUGCACGCUGUGAGCACCGUCCGUGUCCGACGACACCACAUUCCGCUGCACUCCACUCUGUCAUCACCGUCCGCUUCCGACGUCACCACAGCCGCCUGGACUCCACGCUGUCAGCACCGUCCGUGUCCGACGUCACCACAGCCCGCUGCAAUCCACGCUGUCAGCACAGUCCGUGUCCGAUUUCACCACAGCCCGUUGCACUCCACGCUGUCAGCACCGUCCACGUCCGACGUCAACACAGACCGCUUUACUCCACGCUGUCAGGACCGUCCGCGUCCGACGUCACCAGGGCCAGCAGCACUCCACGCUGUGAGCACCGCCAGUGUCCAACGUCACCACAGCCCGCUGCACCCCACGCUGUCAGCACCGUCCGCUUCCGACGUCACCACAGCCCGCUGGACUCCAAUCUGUCACCAACGUCCGCUUCCGACGUCAACACAGCGCACUGGACUCCACGCUGUCAGCACCGUCCACGUCCGACGUCACCACAGACCGCUGCACUCCACGCUGUCAGCGCCGUCCGUAUCCGACGUCACCACAGCCCUCUGGACUCCAGGCUGUCAGCACCGUCCUCGUUUGACGUCACCACAGCCCGCUGCACUCCACGCUGUGAGCACCGUACGAGUCCAACGUCACAACAGCCCGUUGGACUCCAUGCUGUGUCACCAUCCGUGUCCGAUGUCACCACAGCCCGCUGCACUCCACGCUGUCAGCACCGUACAGGUCUCACAUCACCACAGCCCGCUGCACUACACGCUGUCAGCACCGUCUGCGUCCGACGUCACCACAGCCCGCUGGACUCAACGCUGUCAGCACCGCCCGGGUCUGACUUCACCACAGCCCGCUGCACUCCACGCUGUCAGCACCGUCCGCGUCCGACGUCACCACAGCCCGCUGGACUCCACGCUGUCAGCACCGUCCGCGUCCGAUGUCUUCACAGCCCACAGGACUCCACACUGUCAGCACCGUCCGCGUCCGAUGUCACCACAGCCAGCUGCACUCCAUGCUGCCAUCACCGUCCGCGUCCAACUUCACCACAGCCCGCUGCACUCCACGCUCCUGCUGCACUCCACGGUGGCAGCGUCGUCCGUGUCCGUCGUCACCACAGCCCGUUUGACUCCACGCUGUCUGCACCGUCCGCGUCCGUCGUCACCACAGCACGCUGCACUCCACGCUGUGAGAACCGUCCGCGUCCGACGUCACCACUGCCCGCUGGACUCCACGCUGUCAGCACCGUCCGUGUCCGACGUCACCGCAGCUUGCUGGACUCCACCCUGUCAGUGCCGCCUGUGUCUGACGUCACCACAGCCCGCUGCACUCCACGCUGUCAGCACCGAACGUGUCCGACGUCUCCACAGCUUUCUGUACUCCACCCUGUCAGUGCCGUCUGCGUCCGACGUCACCACAGCCCGCUGCACCCCUUGCUGUGUGCACUGUUUGCGUCCGGCGCCACCACAGCCCGCUGCACUCCACGCUGUGUGCACCGUGCGCGUCCGACGACACCACAGCCCGCUGCACACAACGCUGUCAGCACCAUCCGCGUCCGACGUCACCGCAGCCCGCUGGACUCCACGCUCCCACUGGACCCCACACUGUCAGCACCGUCCGCGUCCGACGUCACCUCAGCCCGCUGCACUCCGCGCUGUCAGUGCCGUCCGUGACCAACGUCACCACAGCCCGCUGCACUCCAUGCUGAGUGCUCCGUCCGCGUCCGACCACACCACAGCCCGCUGCACACAACGCUGUCAGCACCAUCCGCGUCCGACGUCACCGCAGCCCGCUGCAUUCCACGCUGUCAGCACCGACCGUGUCCGACGUCUCCACGGCUUUCUGUACUCCACCCUGUCAGUGCCGUCUGCGUCCGACGUCACCACAGACCGCUGCACUCCACGCUGUCAUCACCGACCGCGUCCGACACACCAACGCCCACUGGACUCCACACUGUCGGCACCGUCCGCGUCCGAAGUCAGCACAUGCCGCUGCACUCCAUGUUGUGAGCACCGUCCUAGUCCGACGUCACCACAGCCCGCUGGACUCCUUUCUGUCAGCACCGUCCGUGUCCGACGUCAUCACAGCCGGCUGCACUCCACCCUGUCAGUGCCGUCUGUGUCUGAUGUCACCACAGCUCGCUGCACUCCACGCUGCCAGCACCGUCCGCGUCCAACACACCACAGCCCACCGGACUCCACACUGUCAGCACCGUCCACGUCCGACGUCAGCACAUGCCGCUGCACUCAACUCUGUGGGCACCGUCCGCGUCCAACAUCACCACAGCCCGUUGGACUCCAAGCUGUGAGCACCAUCCGAGUCCAACAUCACCACAGCCCGCUGCGCUCCACGCAGUCAGCACUGUCCGGGUCUGACAUCACCACAGCCCGCUGGACUCCACGCUGUCAGCACCGUCCGCGUCCGACGUCACGACAGCCUGCUGGACUCGACGCUGUCAGCACCGUUCGUUUCCGACGUCACCACAGCCCACUGGACUUUAUACUGUCAGCACCUUCCGCGUCCGCCGUCACCAAAGGCCACUGCACUCCACGCUGUCAGCGCCGUCCGUGUCCGACGUCACCACAGCCCGCUGCACUCCACGCUGUCAGCACCGUCCGUGUCCGAAGUCACCACAGCCUGCUGGACUCCACGCUGUCAGCAGCGUCCGUGUCCGACGUCACCACAGCCCGCUGCACCAUACGCUGUCAGCACCGUUCGCUUUCGACGUCACCACAGCCCGCUGGACUCCAAUCUGUCACCAACGUCCGCUUCCGACGUCAACACAGCACACUGGACUCCACGCUGUCAGCACCAUCCACGUCCGACGUCACCACAGACCGCUGCACUCCACGCUGUCAGCGCCGUCCGUAUCCGACGUCACCACAGGCCGCUGGACUCCAGGCUGUCAGCACCAUCCUCGUUUGA